CAAGCUAUACAUCUUUCCACUACUUCUCCUCAGCUCGCUUUCCCCUUCACCACUGCAACUUGCUCAUCACCCACACACCAAGCAAGCACUCACUCUCUCUUGCUAGCUCUCUCCACCACAAGAAGAAACUAGCUAGCCAAGAAACGGAGGAUCGAUCGAGGUUCAGGAUAGAGAUUAUUACAUCGUCGUGGUCGUCGAUCAUGGGGGAUCAUCAGAUGAUGCACGCAGCUCCGGCGGCGAUGUACAACGGCGGCGGUGGUACGACGAGCUCUCAUGGCGUGUGGUGGAGCAACGCGGUGGGGGUACCGGCGGCGGCGACGUGCUCGACGACGACGGAGCUCGCCGGGUACACCGCCUGGUCGUCGGCUCUGGCCGCUGGAUACGAUGGCAUGGUAGCUGACAACGGCGGCAAGCAGGCGAAGAGCACCACCACGGCGUCGUCGGAGUCGCCCGGCAACAACAGCUCGGUGACCUUCCAAGAGCCGGCGAGCAUCCCCGACCCGGCCGCCGUCGCCGCCGUGCCGCAGCCGGGGCUCGCCGGCUUCACCGACUGGACCCAGCCUUUCAUGAACAACGGUGCUGGUCUGCAUGAGUUUCUGCAAGAUGGCCACCAUGACAUGAGCGCGUCGAGCUUGAUGAAUCACUCAUCAAAUAACCUAGCACUGCAGCAAGCAGGUCACCACCACGAGCUGCUGUCCAGCUUCGGCUCAGACCUGCUCUUGUCGCCGACGUCGCCGUACGGCGGAUUCCAGUCCUCGCUGCUGAGGAGCCUCAUGGAGCCGACGGCGAAGCAGCAGCAGCAGCAGCCGGCUUUGGCUGGACUCCAGCAGUAUCAUCAGUACCAGCAGCAGAUGGGACACGCACCAGCAGCUGCUGCCAAGUUCGCGCAGGCAGUUGGGGCCAGGGAUUCACUCCAGUUCACCAACGACGCGCCGUUCUGGAACCCUUCUGCCGGAUUCGGCAUGCCGGCGGCUGUGGCGGUGGCGGCGGCGGCGGCGCAAGAUCAAGCUAGCGUUCGCUCUGCCAAACGCUCGUCGCCGGCGCCGCCGCGUGCGGCAGCAACCCUUGCAUUAAAGACUGCUAUGGAAGGAGUAGGGGACUCUAGCUCAGUGAUCACCAAGAAGGAGACAGCGUUCAAGAAACCGAGACUCGAGACACCGUCGCCAUUGCCGACCUUCAAGGUUAGGAAGGAGAAGCUAGGGGACAGGAUCACAGCGCUCCAACAACUAGUCUCUCCUUUUGGAAAGACGGAUACCGCAUCGGUGCUCCAUGAGACCAUCGAGUACAUCAAGUUCCUGCACGACCAAGUUGGUGCUCUUAGUGCUCCAUACUUGAAGAACGGUGCCCAUCAAGUGCCCCACUUGAAGAACUCAAGUCCUGACAAGUCCAAGCACGGCGAGAUAUCACUGAAGGGCCGGGGGCUUUGUCUGGUGCCGAUAUCGAGCACGUUCGCCGUUGCCAGCGAGGUGCCCGUCGAGCUGUGGACUCCAUUUGGUGCCAACUUUAUUAGGUAGAAGAACAAGUCCUGGAACUGAAGAACACUGAUCAGAAGCGUCAAAUUAACGAUCGAGUAGCUAGCUGCUAAUAUAGUCGCCUAGCUAGCACAAAUCGAGAUCUGAUGUUUCUUGAUUGUAUCUACGUACUAGUUGUAUGAUGAUAAUUUCGUAACCCUAGUAGUACUGAUGCUGUGGCUGUAAUCAGCAAAGCACUGAGCUAGUUAGCUAGAUGAACCUUUGGAAUGAGUGCUUGAAGACUUGGAUUCAUUCUUCAGGUUCAUCACAGAAUAAGGAAUCGGCUAGUUGAGAGGGGACAGAAUUAUGUACUGAUCAUCAUCAGGUUCUUAUGAUUGGUUGCUAGGUUGCAUCGUAUCAAUGAGUAGUUGCGGAAGAAUUUGUUAUAGAAUUGAUGGUUCGAUUCAAUGGUGGAUCAAUUAAGUAAUGUAGCAGGUUUCUCUCUGUUGAUUGUACCAAAUAAAAGUGCCAUCUCUUUGAUUAAUGAUA